AUGGCCAGCACCUGCCGCACGAGGACCUGCGUGAUCGCUGCGUCCACCACAUCUGUCUGCUCUAGCAACCUGAGCUGCGGCAGCCGGGUCUGCUCUCCCAGCACCUGUCCAGGCGCCUCCUGGCCGGUGGACAAUUGCCAGGAGAGCUACUGUGAGCCCUCAUGCUGUGCCCCCAGCUGCUGUGCCCCAACCCCUUGCCUCCUCUGCACCCCAGUGAGUUGUGUGUCCAGUCCCUGCUGCCAUUCUGCCUGUACCAGCAGCUGCACACCCUCAUUCUGCCAGCAGUCUAACUGCCAGCUCACUUGCUGCACUUCCUCUCCCUGCCAGCCAUCCUGCUGUGGUCCUCUCUCCUGCAUACCUGUAUGUUGUACACCUAUCUGCUGUGGACUUUCCUCUUGCUGCCAGCCAUCCUGCUGUGUGCCUGUCUGCUGCACACCCAUCUGUUCUGGAUCCUCCUCAUGCUGCCAGCAGUCUAGCUGCCAGCCCUCAUGCUGCCAAUUCUCCUGCUGUGUGCCUGUCUGUUGCAAGCCCGUCUGCUGUACCCCAAUCUGCUCUGGCUCCUCAUGCUGCCAGCAGUCUAGCUGCCAGCCCUCAUGCUGCCAGUCAUCCUGCUGUGUGCCUGUCUGCUGCAAGCCUGUCUGCUGCAAGCCCUGCUCCAGCGUGUCCCUGCUCUGCCGCCCUGUGUGCAGACCUGCCUGCUGUGUGCCCAGCUCCUCCUGCUGUGCCUCCUCCUGCCAGCCCAGCUGCUGCAAGCCCUGCUCCAGCAUGUCCCUGAUCUGCCGCCCUGCCUGCUCCCGGCAGGCCUGCUGUGGCCUCUCCUCGGGUCAGAAGUCCAGCUGCUGA